AUUUCCGUUUUUAAAGCUGUUUUAGAACUUAAUUUUUUAACAACUCCGUAUGAACUAUUGAAAACAAAGAAAAGAAAUUGAAAAAAACAAAAACACGAAGCACGUGAGAUCCGGAAGUGACGUAAUAUCCACAUCCGGGUCGGGUCGUUCACAUGUCAGCCGUUGUAACUUUCAGAAGACGUUAAAGAAUGCUCAGAAACGUCGUGAAACUGCAGCUUGUCUCGUUGUGAGCCCGUGUUUCGAUAGAGGAGAUGGCCCUGAUGGGGGUCCAGCUGGUGGUCAGCCUGCUGGCCGCUAGCAUCAUGCAGAGGAUGGCUCCUCACUUCUCCUUUGCUCGCUGGCUCCUCUGUAACGGCAGUUUAUUCAGAUUCAAGCAUCCUUCAGAGGGAGAACUGUGUGCGCUGGCAGGAAAGCAGAUGCCCAAACAAACCAGGAGAGACAGAAAACAAAACGGGGAGAGCAAACCUCUAACCGUACCCAAAGACAUCGACCUGCACCUCGAGAUGGCUCCUGUCAAAAUGAUGGAUGCCCUGGUUUUGCGUUUUUUCCUGGAGUACCAGUGGCUGGUGGAUUUUGCGGUCUACGCUGUGGGAGUUUUCCUCUUCACUGAGGGUUACUACUGCGUAGUAGAUGCCAGCAAAGAGGUCAACAUUGGAGCUUUAUGGUGUGUCCUCAUUGUUUUCUUUGGUCUAAAGACGCUUCACACUUUGACGAGCCACUACUUCCGCUCUGAGGAGGGCGGCGAGCGCUCCGUGUGCCUGGCCUUCGGCUUCCUCUCUCUGCUCGUGGCCAUGCUCGUGCUUGUAGUCAGGGAGGAAUACCUGGAAUUCGGCCUGGAGCCCGGGUUUUCCAGCCUGUUUGACAACUUGGAAAUCUUUGUCCGGCAGCAGGGCUAUGCGGAGUGGUCCAUCCCUGUGACCAAGCUGAGCGUGAAGCUCUUCCUGGCAGCGGUGUGUGCGUACAUUGGUGCCCUCCUGGCUUUUCCUGGACUGCGUCUGGCUCAGACUCACCUGGAUGCGGUACAGAUGAACUCAGAACGCCCUCUAAUCCAGAUCUUGCUGCACAUGGGUUUCCUGUCUCCAGUCGUCGUUUUGGUCCUGUGGGUGAAGCCCAUUGCUCGAGACUUUCUGGCAAACGCACCGAUGGGAAAGACGUCUGUCACACUAGUGUCCAGUGCUGCGUUUGACAGCAUGCGCUUGUGGAUCAUUGUGGCGCUGUGCGCUCUGCGGCUGGGGCUGACACGAUACCACCUGCAGGCCUACCUCCACCUGGCUAAAAAGUGGGUGGAGCAGAUGAAGAAGGAGGCGGGACGCAUUGCUGCCAUCGACAUCCAGAGAAAGGUGACUCGUGUGUUCUGCUACUUGACUGUAGUGACUCUUCAGUAUCUGGUUCCUGUUUUGCUCAUCCUCUUCUCCACUCUGUCACUGAAGGCACUGGGAGACUUCUCUUGGGGAGUGGGCACCGAGGAGACUCCUGGAGUGACUCCGGCCGUGGUGAUGUCUACGGCAGCACCUGUCCUGUCGGCCGGGCCGGACGAGGACGAAGACGGGAUGGAGGACAUGGAGGAAGACAUCCAGGCCACGGCGGCUCGCCUGUCGGAGACCUUCACGGCUCUGCGCUCCGUCCUCACGCCGCUCUUCUUCCGGGGUUUCUUAUCCUUCCUCACCUGGUGGGUCGCUGCCUGCCAGCUCAUCAGCUCUCUGUUUGGGAUCUACUUUCACCAGUAUCUAAUGCAGAACUGAAGGGCUCUUUGCUGCAGAAUCCCAGGGUCUUCAUGGAGAUCUCACGGACGACUGAACGCAAUCACUCAAACCCCCAAACAGCGGGGUUUUGUUUCAGCUCCACACGGGCCUCAGUUUGGGCUGAAAGGGUUAUUGUGAGGGCAGAACCGCUCCACUCUGAGACCUCAGGGAGUCCCAGCAGAACCAGCCUGCGGGACAGCACCGACUCUUCCACCGUGGAUCUGAUUGCAGCUUCAAACUCUCACAGAUUCUUCCUGCACAGGAGUUCAGAUGAGAAGGAAGCAGAGAAGUUGAUGCAAAAAGCUGCUGUUUUAUUUGUCUUUUCUUUUCCAGAACCAUCAACUAGUUUGUUUUCAAUUGUCUGUGCCAAUUCUUUAACAUUUUAGGAGAAAUGUCAACUUUUUCCUGAGUCAUAGAUGAACAGCUUGGGGCUCAGCUAAAUCCAAGAAUGAUGGUCUUGUACCAGCAAUAUUUUGGUCCUAUUUACUCUCCGUCGUGUUUUCUAAAGGAAUGAAGAUGCUUCACAGCAGGAGAACUUUGUGAUCUAAAGCUUGUAUGUAUAAAGCCAAGAAUACAGAUAUUUUCUGAGAACACUGA